UUUGAAAGGGGACGAAGUUCGGGGAGAUUUGAAAAAAGAAAUGGAGGAAAGACUGAGCGAAGACGAGAAGCGAGCGCUUCGAGGGAGCAAAUUCGCGCCGCUGCGGUGGCGGGCGACCGCAUCAGUAAUCGAGAGCAGCCAAGGUUAGCUCAUCCUGGUGGGCCCAUGACAACGAACAAAGCGGCGGCGCUUGCGAAGUUUCUAGAGAGGAAACUGCAGCAGCCUGGUGGUCUUGAUUCUAUUGAUCCUCAGCUUCUUGAAGUUGCUGUGAAAAAUGCAAAGGAAACUGUGACUUCCAGCUGCGGUGGUGCUUCGAGUUCACAGAGAAAAGUAAGGCAUGUUGCUUCUUUUGGUGACAGCUCCGAGGAUUCUGGAGAUGCCCAAGAUGACACAGAAAAAAUAAAAGAAAGGAAAAAGGGGAAGAAAAAGAAAAAGAAGGGGAAAAAGGAAAAGAAAAAGAAAAAGAAUGCUCAAAGUCCUAAAUGCCAGAAGACUGUAAAGAUGAAGAGGUCAAAGUCAUGAGUAGAUGUUAAAAAGUCCAGAGAUUUUAUUUGACAAUUAAAAUGAAAAAAAGACAGGAUGCAGAGAGCUGUGUAACUGAUGUAUUCAAGGGCGUUUAGACUGCUAGCAACCUGCGCGUUCUUUUGAUUUUCGUGCGGAUGACUAACUGCCCGAUUUCAACUCAUUUGAAAUGCAAUCGAAGUCUUGAUUUCCUUUCAUUUGGAAAAUGCAAGUCACAUUUUUUGUUUGCAAGAUAAGACCGAGAAAGAUGUUUAUGGGGCUGUUUUUUGGAAAGGGGAGAGGAUUAUGAUUUUAUUGUCGUGUGAGAUGCAUGGUUUUGGAUGCAAAGUUCACUUCCCAUUGUAUGAUAGUGAUGUAUAAUGCUUAGCAAAACAUAUAAAAGUCAGGAGAUUAUUGCCUCUC